AUGCCGACUACUAUUUCGCCACGGUCAUCGACCUCUUCUAUUUCAGAAAGGGACAUAACCAACUCUAUAGAAAUUGAAGAUAACUUUGAUGUGAAUCUCACCAAUGGAGACAGCACCACUCGUCUUCACAAUGUCAAUAACAAAUCUUUAACAACUUUAUCAAACUCACAGGUUGAGAGCAAUAUCGCCUCAAUAAGAGGCAAGAAUAAAACGAUUCAAAUAAUUUUAUUAACAACUUUUAUGGUUGGAGUGUCGUUUACAUGGUCCGUGGAAUUAGCUUUUGGAACACCAUACCUGUUAUCCUUGGGGCUUUCGAAAUCAUUUACUUCUUUGGUUUGGAUAGCCGGGCCGCUAUCAGGUUUAAUAAUGCAACCAAUAGUAGGUAUCCUCUCGGAUAAUUGCACCUCGAUAUACGGUCGACGGCGGCCAUUUAUACUAGGCGGCAGUAUUGCCGUCAUUUUCUCAUUUAUGUUUAUCGGGUGGACUAUAGAAAUUGUGACUGCAAUUUUUGGAAAAAAUAGUUUUAGUGUUGCUUUGACUGUAUGGGUGGCUGUCAUUUCUAUAUACAUGUUAGAUUUUGCCAUUAACGCAGUUCAAGCUUGCGUUCGUGCAUUAAUUGUGGAUAGUUUGCCACCAUCACAACAAGAAGCUGGCACAGCGUGGGCCGGAAGAAUGAGUGGAAUUGGGAGUGUGGUUGGAUAUUUCAUGGGUUUUGUCGAUUUGGUAGCGAUAUUUCCAUUCUUUGGUGAUACACAACUAAAAGUAAUGUGUGUUCUCGCUUCAUUAAUUCUUAUUGCAUGUAAUAUAAUUACUUGGUAUUCGGUUGAUGAGGUGGUUUAUCACAGUAAGAAGAGCCAGCAUGUGAAAAAUGUCUUUGUUUCAACCUUUGAAACACUCGCAUCUAUAGUAAGAUCGAUCCGGUACCUUCCAACCCCAGCACAAAGGAUAUGCAACGUGCUAUUAUUUGCAUGGAUCGGCUGGUUCCCAUUCUUAUUUUACUCGACAACUUGGGUCGCUGAGCUAUAUAAAAAAUCACAUGCAGCGGAUAAUUCACUUCCAUUGGAAAAUAGUCAAGAUCCGGUGGGAAAUGCUACGCGUUCUGGGUCUUAUGCACUUUUGGUACACUCGCUUGUGAAUUUAGUGUCAUCAUUUGUUUUGCCGUUUGUGGUGAGCCCGUCCGGUUCUGAGAUAAUGUACAAUGCGUCGAACUUAUCAUGGAGGAGUUAUUUUAGAUUGCCAUUACCAGGUCUCACGUUGCCGAAACUAUGGACUAUAUCGAAUUUCAUAAUGGCAUUUGCUAUGCUAUCAACGUGGUUUGUGACUACGGUAUCUCAAGCGACUUUUUUAUUCGGGAUACUGGGAAUAGCGUGGGCUGUUUCUGCAUGGGCGCCAUUCUCGAUCUUGGCCGAAUUUAUCUCUAGAGAAACUCGAAAUGCGAUUAGUAACACCAAUGACAUACCUCAUACGUUGAUUCCACGAGUUCACGAUAAUGAUGAUAAUGCAACAGAGUCGGAUCAGGUGGCUUAUCGUCUAGUCGACACUAAUAAUACUACAACUGCGAUUAAUACAGACGAAGGUGAUGAUGUCGAAUUAUUAAACCCGAGUUCUAGCAAAUCUUCGUCUUCGCCACCACCGUCGUCUUCAAUUGACGCCGGAAUCCUGUUGGGUAUUCAAAACAUCUAUAUAGUGAUCCCGCAAUUCCUAGUAACCUUAUUUAGUAGUCUAGUGUUUGCUAUAUUAGAACCAUCAUCGGGUGCAGGAGACAUAUUAGAUAUGGGGGAGGAAAAUAAUAGUGACAUUAAAAUAUUGCCAACUACACCAACUACAAAAGGCGAUGCUAUCGGUUUUGUGCUAAGGUUUGGUGGGCUUAUGGCAAUUAUUGCGGGUAUUCUUUCUAUUAAAGUAUGGAAAUAG